AUGGGCCCUCUCUUUGGCAAAGAAAACUUAGAAAUCGAGCAACUCUCGGUUGGAUACAUCGAUCACCGCGCAGCACGAACGCACACGGUGCACCAGACUGCGGCAGAGCAACAUCGCCAGCAACAGCAACAGAGCUGUUCUACAGUCGCGACCCACCGUCCACAGGCAACCGCCAGCGAGCACACGGCCGCAUACUCGGGGAAGCCAGCCCCGAGCACAGCCGCAUCACUACCAACCCGGACCAGCCAUCUCGCCACGAUGACAAGCACCGUCUCAUCACCCCGGGAAGACGCCUGGAUAGGGCUCGCCCUUGAUGAGCUGCUGGAUGGUCUCCAGAUGGGGCAUCGGCCCCAACCUCCACUCCUCGCGCCACUCCGUGUGGCCGGAGGACGCGGACAAAUUUCGUCCGCGGAGCAGCUCGACGUCUCGCCGGAUCACCGAUUCGGCCCAAUACGGGUGGACACCACCCCGCCACGACCACGGCCAACCGAGGCCGCCCACACGCCUGCCGACCAGGGCAAGCAGCCACUCGCAGAUCAGGGCCGGCCCGUCGACGCGUCCGCACACCGGCAGGGUCGCCACGACAUCGACCGGCCACGUAACCCCAUCUUCAAGGGCGGCGCCGCGAGCUGCCAUCACUCCGGCACGCUCACGCACCGGCCCGACUGCAACAACGCCUGGGACACGCAAGUCCAGGCCAUAGCACCGCUGGUCCCGUCAGGGGCUGCAGCGGCACCAGAUCUAGACGGCGAGGUGGAAGCGGCGCUACGAGAGUGCCUAGGCGACCUUCCACCCGACGUGCUGGAGGAGAUGGCCCACGGGGCAGAAGGUUUAGACAUGGAGGACCUCUUCGGGGAGGCUCCCGACGAAGACGGAGUGGAGCUUCCGAUGCGCCCCGCCUCCGACCCAUCCGUCGACGAGCCACGGACCCCGUCACCUCAAUUCCGGCCGGAUUACGAGGUGAUCUCCAGCGACGAGGGAGAGGCGGAUGAGAUCAUCCAGAUCUCCGACUCCGACGACGCCGAGCCAGAUUUUAGACCGCCGGGCACCCCGCCGCCGGCGUAUGAGGACAUUUUCGGGCCGAGCCCGUACUCUACCAGACGCCCGAUAACCUCCUGCGCGGCCUCAUCACCGAGCCAAUCACCGCCGACAACGUCACGCGGAUACCACGCCACCGUCACUCCACGCCAGGCAGAUGGGCCGUCGACAAGCCGACGUUUCGACUCGACGACCGACGAGGACUCCGCCGACGAGAGGACAGCCGUGGCCGUACCGAGCCGCCCCCCGCUACCAACACCCGGCGAAUACGCCGCGGCAGUGGCUCGACGCAGGGCUGAGGACCUGAGCGACGAGCUGGGCUCGUCCUCCGCCGGGCCGGUCCGGCCAAUCAAUCCGGAGCCACGUUCGGCCAGGGACCGACCACCAACACCAGCACCGGCACGCCUAGGCCGCCGACGGAGCGCGCCCUGGGCGGACAGCCCCAGCGAAUCCUCGUCCGAGGAGGAGUUGCCCCGCGACCGCCAAGGUCACACCCACUGGGUACCCAUUCCCGAUGGCUGGAGCACUCCCAACGGCACGCUACCCGCCGGGCUCAUCAUACGGAUUCAGCAGCGACUCCUAGUAGCCAGACGAAGGGCCCGACGCUACCUGGAGGAGGAGCAGGGCCAGCUGUUCCGGGUACAGCUGAACCGGGACGACCACGUCCGGGUCUUCUUACACCCCACCCGGAAGUGA